AUGGGCAAGAAGUCGAAACAGAAGCCCGUCGACGCCGCCGGGCCGGUGGCAGCCCAGACUGACAAUGGCAAUGGCACUGGGGGAGCAGAGGUCGAGGCAGUACCGCUGCUGUCAGAGGACGCACUGAACAAGCUCACGCAGACGAUCCAGAGCGGGUUUGAGAAGGCGAGGCAGCAGGAGGGGAAGGGUAAAGGCGCGCGCCCGGAGAAGAAGGAGAAGAAGGAGAAGAAGGAUAAGAAGAAGAACGAGGACGAGAAGAAGCAGGACAAGCAGGAUGUCGGUGAGAAGAAGGACGACAAGAAGGCCGGUGUCAAUGAGAAGAAGGACAAGAAGGGCAAAAAAGACAAGAAAGAUAAAGUGGACGCUGCCGAAAAGAAAGAUGCCAAGCAUGACAAGAAAGAUACCAAACAGGACAAGAAAGACCCCAAAACCACCGCCGACAAGAAGGACAAGAAAGACACCGCCGACAAGAAGGACGGAAAAGACAAGAAGGACAAGAAGGACAAGACCAAUACCAAAGACCUCAUCGUCGGCAAGCCCGCCUCCACCCCCACCACCGACAAGUCCCAGUCCAAACCCACCGACCGCGGCCAAAAGCGCUCCCUCGACGGCGAGACCAAGCCGCAAGCGCAAGUGCUCCCCACCAAGCCCGGCCAGAAGCGCGGCAUCGACAAGGCCGCGCUGCUCAAGGAGAUUGUCGAGCUGGGCGGGACGCAGGAGGACCUUGAUCUCGUCAAGGACAUUGAGUCUGACUCCGAGGUCGACGAGGUCGGGUUUGCGGAGUCGGAGAAGGCGGAGAAGGGGCUGACGGAGGCGCUGGCGGGGUUCAUGAAGGAGAUUGGGCUUGAGGGGAAGUUUGCCGUUGCUGAUGUGGAGUCGGAGGAGGAAGACGAAGAGGAUGAAGAGGAUGACGAAGACGAGGAAGAGGAGGAUGAAGAGGAAGAGGAGGACGAAGAGGAAGAGGACGAAGAAAUGGAAGAAGCCUCAGCCCCCGAGCCCCCCGCCCCCGCGAAAGCCGCCCCCCCAGUCACAACCUUCGCCGCGCCAACCGACCCCGCCUCCAAGAACAGCAAGCUCCUCUUCACGCCGCGCCCCGACUGGCACGCCGCCACCCUCCCCGCGCUCGACCCGCCCGCGCACCCGCCCUCCCCCUCCCAGAUCGAGGCCCUCCACCGCCACGGCAAGCACCUCCUCACCAGCGAAAACACAACCUACUCCACCACACACCUAACCAAGUCCUCCGACCGCCAGUUCCUCUCCACAAUCAUGACCUCAGGAACACUCACCGACAAGAUCUCCGCGCUCACCCUCAUCUGCCAGGAGUCGCCGCUGCACACCACAAAGACGCUCGAGACGCUGCUCGGCCUCGCGCGCAAGAAGUCGCGCUCGCAGGCCGUCUCCGCAAUGGGCGCCAUCAAGGACCUGUUUGCCUCGGGCGUGGUGCUCCCGCCGGGGAGGAAGCUCCGCUUCUUUAAUAAGCAGCCCGGACUGGGCAGCCCGCAGGCGUCGGAUCUGCAUAUGCUCGUGUGGGCGUAUGAGGACUGGCUCAAGACGUUCUAUUUCGAGAUCCUCAAGACGCUCGAGGCGCUGUGCAGUGAUCAGCUGGAGUUCGCGCGCACCCACGCCGUGGGCUAUGUCUGGGAGCUUCUGAAGGAGAAGCCGGAGCAGGAAGCAAACCUGCUGCGUCUCCUGGUCAACAAACUCGGCGACACAGACAAAAAGGUCUCCUCGAAAGUCUCGUACCUACUGCUGAAGCUGCAGAGCACGCACCCGGCCAUGAAGAGCAUCAUCAUCAACAGCAUCGAGUCCGAGGUCGUCUUCCGCCCCGGAAACAGCGUGCACGCAAAGUACUACGCCAUCAUCACGCUCAACCAGACGAUCCUGUCGACGCGCGAGGUGGACGUGGCGAACCGCCUACUCAACCUGUAUUUCGCCGUCUUCACGGGCAUCCUCAAGAAGGACAACAACACGCCUGCUGCCACCGGCGUGAAUGCAACAGGGCUUGGAUCGCAUACCAAGUUUGCCGACGACGACGAGGACCAGAAGAAGAAGAAGGGCGGGAAGGGGGCGCCGCCGCCACGGAGGGGGGGUAAGUUGAAUAGGAAGGCGAAGCUGCGCAGGGAGGCGGAGGAGAAGAAGGAGCAGUUUGCGGAGGAGCUGAAUGCGAAGCUGAUCUCGGCGGUGCUGACGGGGGUUAAUCGUGCGUUCCCGUUCUCGCAGGUGGAGGAUGAGGUGUUCCAGAAGCAUAUGGAUACGCUGUUCCGCAUCACGCAUUCGGGCAAUUUUAAUACGAGCAUUCAGGCGCUGAUGCUGAUCUUUCAGGUGGCGAAUAGUAAGCAGGCUGUCUCAGACCGUUUCUACAGAACGCUCUACGAGUCGCUGCUGGACCAGCGCCUGGUCACCUCCUCGAAGCAGGCCAUGUACCUGAACCUGCUCUUCAAGGCGCUCAAAGCCGACGCGCAGAUCAAGCGCGUGCGCGCCUUCGUCAAGCGUCUGAUCCAGAUCUCGACCUUCCACCAGCCGCCGUUCAUCUGCGGUGUCCUGUUCCUGCUCAGCGAGCUCGAGACGGCGAUCCCGUCGCUGCACCAGCUCAUGGACACGCCGCAGGAGACGCUUGAGGACGAGGAGGAGGUGUUCCGCGACGUGCCUGAGGAGGACGAAGAGAAGCCCGCCGCUGAGGAGAAGUCUGAGGAGAAGCGUGUUGAGUAUGAUGGGCGGAAGAGGGACCCCUCGCACGCCAAUGCAGACCGCAGCUGUCUUUGGGAGAUUCUCCCCUUCCUCAACUACUACCACCCCUCCGUCGCCCUCUUCGCCACCAGCCUCCUCUCCAAGCGCAAGAUGCCCAGCAAGCCCGACCUCGGCAUGCACACGCUCACCCACUUCCUGGACCGCUUCGUCUACCGCGCCGCCAAGUCCAGCGUGUCCACCGCCGCCCGCGGCGCAUCAAUCAUGCAGCCGCUCGACGGCGGCGACACGCGCGGGAUGGUGCUCUCCACGCGCGCAGCCGGCAAGGCGCAGGUGCCCGUCAACUCUGACGCCUUCUGGCGCCGCCGCGUCGAGGACGUGCCCGUGGACGAGGUCUUCUUCCACAAGUACUUCAACCAGGCGGCGCCCAAGAAGACGGCGGCCGCGGAGAAGAAGGCGGCGAAAGAUGCUGCGGUUGACAGCGAGGAGGAGGAGGAGGCGAAUGAGGAGGAGAUCUGGAAGGCGAUGGUGGGGAGCCGGCCGGAGUUGGGCGGCGCGGAGAUGGAUAGUGGGGAUGAGGGCGCUGACUUUGACGACGAUGAGGAUAUGGACCUUGAUGAUAUCGAGGACGAGGAUGAGGAUGAGGAUGAGGAUGAAGAAGAAGGGGGUGCCGCGGUGGAUGAAGACGAUGGCAGCGAUGUGCCGGACUUUGGCGGCGACGACGAGGACGAUGUGUGGAGCGACGACGACGACGUCCCCGACGCACUCGACAAGGCGUUUGAAGCCGAGCUGCAGGCCAAGACGAAGGCGGAGGCGGAGGCAGAGGGCGAGAAGGAGCCUGGAAACGACCGCAGGAAGAAGCGCAGAAAGCUCAAGAACCUGCCGACGUUUGCCAGUGCGGAGGACUAUGCCGAUAUGCUGUCGGAUUAG